GAUUAUUAACCAGUUUUAUAUUUUGUUUAUCAUUUGACUAUUUCCCAUAUCACAUGAAUAAUGGAAAUUUUAUAAAACUAGUCAUUAUAUAAACUCGAGUUACUGGAAUAAUCAUUUCAAAUAUAAAAUAAUUAUUGAACAGUAAAGUUUGUUGAAAAAGAAAAAACAAUGAAGACAAUUUUAUUUGUACUAUUUUUGCUUGGAGUUGUGAUGAUUCAAGUCCAAAGUAAACAAGCAAGUGUUGAAUCAGAUGAAGAAAAUAACAUGUCAAUUGUUGAUACAGCUUUUGGUGAGGGUGAUGAUAAUGAGGCUACUGAUGAUAAUGAAUGGAUUGAAUGUGGUGAAUAUGAAGUUUAUAGUCAAUGUAAUGCUAAUCCAAUUUGCCAAAGAACAUGUGAGACACUUGGUAUUGAUGAUAUACCUUGUCCAAAAACAGCAGAGACAAAAUCAUGCAUUGGAGGAUGUAUUUGCCAAGAGGAUUAUGUCAGAUUUGAUUAUUAUGGUCAAUGCAUUCACAACAACAGGUGUCCACGAGUUAGACAUUGAGUCAAUUAUUAAUUAAAAUUGUCGUCAAUUUAUAUGAUUAUAUGCAUGUGCUAUUGUUUAAUUAUCUUUUGUUAUUUUUCAUUUUUUUUCUUUUUAAUUUUCACAUUAUUAAAAUGAAUUAAUAACUAAA